AUGUCAUUAACAAAAACAUUUAUUUAUUUUGUAUUUUUCACUUACUGUCUUAUAAGUGUCAGUUGUGACUCGGAUUUGCAAUGUUAUGUAUGCACCGACUGUGAGUUUAAUUAUGAGGGUACGGCAACGACUUGUGAAGACAUUCUACUAACAACUGUUACACCUGACGAAUCAAUAACUAAUAUAGGAGAAACAUAUACUACAGACAAUGGAAAUAACGAUGAGACUACACAGCCAACAGAUACAUCGUAUAUUUCUACGACCGAAGAAACCGCACGCACUGAAAUACCAGAAACCACAACUCAUGUAACAGUAUUUACAACUGAAAAUGCUGCAAACCUUAAACCGAAGACCACGAACCCUCCCUUUGAGAUAACGACAAAAUUCUCUCCGCCAAUAGAAACUUCUAGUAUUCCAGUAUCUACUGAAACAACCAGUAAUAAAUAUGUCAGUACAGAAUCUACAUUAAAACCUACAAAAACUGAAACCACUACAGAAAUUCCUACAACGGAUAUUUCCUCAACUAUCUCAACGCUUUCGUCAACGAUAGAAGCUUUGGGUACGACUACCUUAGGUAUCAAUACCAAAACUACACAAACAGAAGGUUUAGAAAGUACUGUAACACCUUUAAUUACUAGCACUCUAUCAGAAGCUGAAAUUUUUAUUACAACUACAGAACCCAGUGUGAUUACAUCGAAAACGUCUACCUUAAGUAGCAACACCAAAACUACACAAACAGACGGUCUAGAAAGUACUGUAACACCUAUAAUUACUAGCACUCUUUCAGAAGCUGAAAUUUUCAUUACAACUACAGAACCCAGUGUGACUACAUCGAAAACGUCUACCUUAGGUAGCAACACCAAAACUACACAACCAGAAGUUCUAGAAAGUACUGUAACACCUGUAAUUACUAGCACAAUUUCAGAAGCUGAAAUUGUUAUUACAACUACAGAACCCAGUGUGACUACAUCGAAAACGACUACCUUAGGUAGCACUACCAAAACUACACAAAAAGAAGGUCUAGAAAGUACUGUAACACCUAUAAAUACUAGCACUCUUUCAGAAGCUGAAAUUUUUAUUACAACUACAGAACCAAGUGUGACUACAUCGACAACGACUACCUUAGGUAGCAAUACCAAAACUUCACCAACAGAUGGUCUAGAAAAUAGUGUAACGCCUGUUAUAACUAGCACUGCUGCAGAAAGUAUUAUUUCCACUACAGAACCCACUGUGACUACUUCGGGAGGAAGUAACUUUGUAACUAAAGUUGAUAACGCAAUCAAUGGUCCUAUAAAAAUUAAAGAUCAAGAUAAACAAAGCAAUACAGUAACGUCCACGGAGACUUCAACCAUUAUCCCUUCUACUUUCAGUACUGUAGCUUUAGGACCUACUACAGACACAUCUAUGACUACGUCUGAGAGCUUACCUUCAACGACAGACGCUUCGAGUACUACUUACAUGGGUACAGAAGGGUCGUUAGAAACCGGAACACCAGAAACUUCUAUAUUACCAACUACCACCAAACCCUCAUCGCAAACCGCUACACAAUCUACUACGAAUGGUGAAUUAGGAUCUUCAAUGGUUACAAAUUUAAGGGAUAACGAACCAAAUGAUAUGAUGAUCGAUGAUACUAAGAAGUACGGUUCGAGGUACAGGUUUAUAAGGGCAGCUCAAGCGAAGCAAGAUGCGAAACCUAAGCCCCGCUGUAUUGUUACUGCUUAUCAAGAACACAAUAAAACAAUAGUGGUGCGUGGCUGUUCAUUUGGAAAAGAAGAAGAGAAAUGCAAUUCGGUGUUAGACGGAAGAGUUAAGAUUAAUAAUAGCAAAUGUUUUGUCUGUAACACUAAUCUUUGUAAUUCAGCAUCAACUUCUAUCGUCUCUGCUUUUAUUCUUAUAGCAAUGAUUUUGAUUGUUCUUUAA